AUGCAUUUUUCCAUACCAGACACAACUGAAGCUUCGGCUGAAACCAAUAGUAAUCAACAAUCGUAUACCUUAUUUAAUAUUCAUGUAAAUGGAGUACAUCAUUGCAGUUUACGUUAUUCUCAAUUACAUAAAUUUAAUGAAGAACUUCAACGUCUACUACCAACAGCCAUGACAAAUAUUGAACAAUUUCCUCCGAAGAAAUUCUUUAGUUUAACAGCUAGAGACACGGAAGAGAGACGUAUGUUACUGGAAUAUUAUUUACAAUCAAUAGUACAAAAUAAAUAUAUAAUAACAUCAUCGUAUUUUAAUGAGUUCUUUUUCAAUGCUCAAAUUGAAACAUUUUCCAAUGAACCACUUGAUAAUCAUCAAAAAAUUAAUUUAGCAAUAUGUCUACUCAAUAAUCAUGAAAUUAUUAUUGAAAAUCUUUCAACUAACGAUAAUAAAUCUCGUCUACUCGAUGCAUGUGGACUUAAAAUGCAAUUGGAAGAAGAUUUUUUAUCAUUUUUUUCUUUAUAUUUCUACGAACAAAAAGAUAAUGAAUUAAAUAUGAUACGACCUAUCUAUGAUUUUGAAUCGCCUUAUUUAUCAUUCAAACAAACGAAAAAAUCAUGCGAACAAUCUUGUAUUGUUUUUAAAAAAUCCUAUUGGAAUCCAGAAUUUGAUUUACAAUUCCUUGAUGAUCGUCGUGCACGUAAUCUUCUUUUUAUUCAAGCACAAUACGAAAUCGAACAAAGCCGUGAUUUAUAUUCCAGCGAUAUCUAUCAACAAUUAGAAAUUCUACGCGACAAUAAAUCAUUUAAGGAUUAUAUAUUAUUAGCACGUACAUCGAACUUUUACGGUCAUAUUAUAAUAAGAAAAUGUUCAAUGAUUUAUCCGAUAAACGAUGCAAAAAAAGAAAAACUUCGUCAAUGUGUAUUGGCCAUUGGAAACAAUGAAGUUAUUUGUUGUUUCGAUGCUGAUGAAAAAAAGAAAAAUCAAAAUCUCAUAUUUAAAGUGACACGUAUUCGAUGUUGGAAAGUCAAUUGGACAAAACAAGAUAUGAAUAUUUCGUUAGAAUAUUUAAUUAAAAAAGAUACUCUACAAUGGAUUACUAUACAUACAGAACAAGCACCAUCGAUAAGUACGUUUCUACAAAGUAUGGUUGAUGAAAUAUUAGCGAAAAAAUCAGAAACAACUAAUUCAACCGUGGAAUCCGUUACACCAACAAUGGCAAGUGAAAAAACUGCAUCGAAAGCGUUCGCUGGACUGGCAACAAGAACCGAGUCGGAUCUAGAACGAUUAAAUAAUAAUGACAUAUUUGAUAGAGGUGAUGGUGAUGAUGAUUUGUAA